AGGAAGUGAAACCCACGUGUGCCAAAGCAUCAGGAUAGCACAGAGCUGCUAAGGAGGACUGGAAAUGCUUAUAAAUUCGUUCUAGGAACUGAUAUAACUUUCUUUGAUUUGUACUUGAAGUUCUCAGACGCGUUAGGCAAAAUGUCGUCGUUCAGGAAAGCGUUGAAAUCCCGACAAAGAAACCACCAUGAAAGAUCUCAGCCUGGUUUUCGAAAACAUCUGGGAUUGUUGGAGAAGAAGAAAGACUACAAACUUAGAGCAGAUGAUUAUCAUAAGAAGCAGAACACACUUUCUGCUUUGCGGAAGAAAGCACUGGACAAGAAUCCUGAUGAGUUCUACUUUAAAAUGAUCAACACUCAGCUGAAGGAUGGAGUACACGUAGAAAAGAAAUCCACUGACGAAGAGAUGACAGAGGAACAGAAGAAGAUGAUGCGGACACAGGACAUCAAAUAUAUAGAAAUGAAGAGAGUUGCUGAAGCUAAGAAAAUUGAGAGGUUAAAAGGAGAGCUUCAUCUUCUAGAUGCAGACAACAAACCAAAAAACAAACACACGUUCUUUGUGGAUUCAAAGAAAGAAGUGCAGUCAUUUGAUUUGGCGACCCACCUCAACACUAUGCCUGAGCUGGUGGACAGAGUGUUCAACCGGCCAACUAUAGACACACUGAAAACCAAGCACAUCCAAGGAGCUGUAGAUCCUCAAAGUGUGGAGAAACUAACUAAACAACGUAGGCACCAGUAUAAAAUCCUUGGCCAGAGGAUAGACAGAGAAAAGAAGAUGUUUGUCAUUAGUGAAAAAAUUCAGACCAGAAAAGACCUGCAGGAUAAAAGAAAGAAGAUUAAGGUAAAGAAUGAGACAAAAAAUUCUGCAGCUGUUUACAAGUUUGAAGCAAAGAGACAGCGCUGACCACAAAGACUUUCGAUGGCCGUUUCCAUGCAAUGUUUGAAUCAACAAAUAGUGUUGCGUAUUACACAUGUUAUAUUUAGUAAUCCUGUUUUCUUGAAAUAAAAAAUACCUGGAUUUCCUGAUAUAAUAUUAUUACUUUGUACAUAAGCAAGUGCACAGUCAGAUUGUUCUUUUUUUUUUGUAUAUUGUUUUGCUGCCAGUAGGUGGUAUCAGUGUUCUAAAAAUACACUGAAGGGACAAAUAGGCAGAAGAAAUGAUUGUAAUAAUAAAGAAACUAAAAUAAAUUCACUGUUUUUACAUGGAUUAAUGAUCACUUUAAAGUACACAUUAUGAAAGUACCCCACAGUAAAAGUGCAGGGUUAAGACUAUUUAAAAGCUUAUGUUUGUUUAAAAUUGUGGAAUUAAUCGGGAAUAUGUUUAGGAUAGACCUUCCCCAUUUCCAUCUAAAUUUUGUUUUACUUUAUUUUUUCUGCUUAAACUUGUAAAUUCUAACUGAUGUGAGAAACACUGGAUGUAGCUUUUUUAUACACACCACAGAUGUGAAGACACUGCCUCCACAUCCGCUGAAGGACACUCUUUUGUGGGCUGCAUCCUUCAAAGACACAGCCCUUGACUUUUGCAGAUCAUAUUCAGUUUGUACAGCAAAUUUCACAGAAGACCUUCUCCACCAUUUCAGAGCAACAACUAAGGGCACUGGCAGUUCAUGACAGUUAUCUAAAUCUGUAGUUAGGUUAUCUUUAUUUAAACUUGUGAGGCAAAUGCAGCUGUCACUAGGCCUUACUCCUUAAAUGUCAAUAUGGCAAAACUGCAUGGAUUUUCUAUUGUAAUGUAAUGUUAAAUAAAUUAUAUUAGCUGA